AUGGAUGAACCGCACGAGGAACCCCCGCUCUCAGACACGACUACGAAUCCGUUCACCUCGAGCGAGCUUGCCCAAGGCCUGCUCAGGGCACAGGGCAAUGCAGGUUCACAUUCUCAUCCGGUUUCCUCGGGGGAUACCAAUGCGUUCACGUCGGCCGAGAUCGUUAAGCGUCUCGGAUCCGUGGCGCAAAAUCUGGACGACAACACUCCGCAUGACCCUCACCAGCAGGCACACAUCAGAAUCGUGCUCCAUGCUUGUCCAGAAAGGCCUUUGCACGUCAAGGUUACUCCUCGGAGCAGCUCCAGUGCCGUUCUUCGAAGAUCCGUCCGCCUUGACGCCACCGCAGACUCGGAGCCCGGCGGGCCGGCGGUCAGCACCCUCGCGAUUACGCAGUCAGAGCACGAGAUGGGCUUUCAUAUCAUGGCCGACUCUGCCUCUAAACGGCCCGACAACCCCCGUAUGAUGACCGUUGGUGAAGCGCUUGACCUUGGCGUGUAUUGCGAUCCUAGUGGAGACCGCAUGGUAUUCGUUAACCAGCAAAGAGACUCUAUCACGCUGCGAAGGCUUGCGGAGGAUGACGAAAAUUCGGCCGUUGAAAGAAUGAUGGUCGACAUCCUACCGAGCACACCUUGUUUCCUGGACCCUGGAGCAUGGGGUGUUUUUACACAAGGAGAAGACCUGCAGAUCAUAGGACUUUCUAUCUAUCCGCGCGAGUGCUUCGCCAUCACAGAGAACGCAACAGAGACUCAGGGUCGACGAAAUAUGAAAAGAGCACUGGAGGCAUCCCAGCCAGAAAUUCCAGUAAAGAAGGUGACGGUAGAUGGGCGGGAACCUCGGCCUCAGGCCAGCGCCGCCGCCGUUCUCUUCGAGUCAGUCCCCAUCCCCGACGAUACAGGCUCUGCUGCAAUGCCACGAGCAACACGGGAAUCGCAACAGGUCACCACUAAUGUCGGUCAUCCUCUGGAGCAUCUCCGGCCAGGCGCGAGAGCCAAAAUAACCAGCAGCCAAGGCGACUAUGCUAUAACGUACGGCGAAAAGAUUAUGUUCGCAAAGAACUCGCUGGUCUUCAAAGCGGAACACACACGCAUUCCUGGCCCGACUGUCGUGAAGGUGCUGCGGACACCAUCACACCCUGUGACACCAGGCGUGCCGGACGAGUCCGCCUCCAAAAUCGCCCGCACAUCAGAGAUGUGGCUGAAGGAGUUCAAGAACCAUUCCAAGCUGUCCGAGCACGUAGCCAUCAUACGCCUCCACUGUGCCGACGCCAGGUUUCUAUCCCUGUACAUAGAGCAUGUCGAGGCGCCGAAUCUGGCCUCUUAUCGCUCGCAAUGCGGAAGCUGCACCUUGAAUGUGGACGAAGCCACGCAGAUACUGGGCGACAUGUCCGCCGCAGUCGCCUACGUCCACGGUCAGGGCAUAGUGCACAACGACAUCAAGCCGGCGAACAUUCUCUUCAAACCCAGUCGUGGUGCUGUUCUCAUCGACUUUGGCCUCUCAUCCGAGUUGAAGGACACUGCCGUGCACGUCGGUGGCUCCCCGUGGUAUAUCCCGCCUGAGUAUGCUUUGCAUGGAAGGAGGGGAGCUCCGGGCGACGUCUUCGCCUUGGGGGUUGUGAUGCUGUUUGUCCUCGGGAAAAUUCCUCUGCCGGAUCGGCAGCGCGGUCUGAACUGGGUGAUUGCGGAUGUACGGAAAGGGGGGGCAGGAAACGCGGCUUGGGACAUGAUGUUCCAAUGGCUGGAGAAGGUAGAGCAUGCAUCGCGGAGCUCUGAUGGCCUUCAACAUCCCGCGCUGAACGCAAUAGUGAGGGAGAUGCUGGUCACCGUCUCUAAGAGAAUCAGUGUCGGCGAUUUACUCCGGCUCCUGGGCAAGGCCUAG